GACAGGACUUGCUGAAAGCACGACUUUAUUCGGUCUCUGUCUUUCCUGAUUAGUUGCCCACGGUCCCCGAGGGUGCAGCUGCGGCUCUAGUCACACCAGUCCUGUGCCGUACCUCAGGAAGGAACCAUGGCAAAGGCUGCAGCCACCGGAUGCAAUCUUUCCCUAGUUCUGCGCCUUUUUGUUCUACUGAGCUGUCUGGGAUCUUCUGUUCAGCCCGAUGCUGCUUCUCUUUGCUACAACUACACUGUUGGCAAGUCAAGGUCUGGAUUAUGGUGGCGCAAAGUCCAAUGCCAACUGAAUGAAGAGACUUUUCUUUCCUAUGACAGUAACGGCUGCCAUGCCGUUGGUGCUCUGGGGAACAGGCUGAAUGCCACACAGUUCUGUGAAAAGCAGGUUGACACUCUGAAAGAUGGAACUGACUUGUUCAAAAACCUAGCACUUCAGAUGACUCUGAAGACUCAUGCAAUCAGAGGCACAGAUCUGCAGGCCAAGAUGUGUUGUUGGCAUGAAGUAGAUGGACAUUUCAAUGGAAUCUGGGACUUUUACCUCAGUGGACACAGAAUGUUGCAUGUUGACUCAAAAACUGGAAAAUGGAUAGAAGUUAUUCCUGGAUCCAGCUGGAUGAAAGAUAUGUUGGAGGAAAACAAGGAUGUAACUAGCUUCUUAAAAAUGACCUCACAGGGAGACUGCAGGUCCUCGCUUGAGGAGUUGAAGUUGCCCUGGGGAGAAAAGCUGGAGCCUACAGGUAACUGA